CACAGCGAGGCCUCUAAGAACUCCUGUGGUUUGUUGUCCUAUACUUGAUGGGCCCAUGAACAGCAGCCUGGGUUCUACUGGACCCUCGAAGGACUUCACAAGUCCUCUGUUCUCCAGUCCAAAAGGCGACCCGGUUCGCGCGUGAGCGUGAUGCGCACGCAGGGCGGGGCAACUUUCUGUCCCGCGCCAAACCCGGAUUAGUCCCCCCCUCCCGCGAACGGAGCCAUGACGCGCCACCUUAGCGGCGCGCCUCUGCUCCUAGCCUCGCCGGCGUCCGGGCGGGGGGUGUGACGCACGCGGGUUCCUGAAGCCUCCAGGCGGACAUGCAGAAGAGCGUGCGCUACAACGAGGGCCACGCGCUCUACCUGUCGCUGGUGGCGCGGAAGGAGGGCGCCAAGCGCGGCUUCCUGAGCAAGAAGAGCGCGGAGAACAGCCGCUGGACUGACAAGUUCUUCGCGCUCUACCAGAACGUCCUCUUCUACUUCGAGAGCGAGCAGAGCGCGCGACCCUCGGGCAUGUACCUGCUGGAGGGGUGUACGUGCGAGCGCGCCACUGCGCCCAAAGUGACGUCACUGAGCAGCAGAGAAACUCCUGACAAGCAGCAGCACUACUUCCUGGUGGUGUUCGGCCAUGACGGUCAGAAACCUCUGGAGCUCCGCACUGAGGAGGAAUCCGACUGUAAUGAGUGGGUGGAGUGCAUCCAGCAGGCCAGCUACUCUGACAUCAUUGUGGAGCGUGAGAUCCUCAUGCAGAAGUACAUUCACCUGGUCCAGAUCAUGGAGACAGAGAAGAUCGCAGCCAAUCAGCUUCGCACUCAGCUGGAGGACCAGGACACAGAGAUUGAGAGGCUGAAGUCAGAGAUCGUGUUGCUGAACAGGACCAAGGAGCGCCUGUGGCCCAACCAGAACAACCAAGACGAGGAAGACCCGGACAUCAAAAAAAUCAAGAAGGUGCAGGGCUUCAUGCGUGGUUGGCUGUGCCGCCGGAAAUGGAAGAUCAUCGUGCAGGACUACAUCUGCUCGCCGCACGCCGAGAGCAUGAGGAAGAGGAACCAGAUCGUCUUCACCAUGGUGGAGGCCGAGACGGAAUACGUCCACCAGCUCUCCAUCCUGGUCAACUGCUUCCUCAGGCCGCUGCGCAUGGCCGCCAGCUCUAAGAAGCCGCCCAUCAGCCACGACGACGUCAGCAGCAUCUUCCUCAACAGUGAGACCAUCAUGUUCCUGCACGAGAUCUUCCACCAAGGCCUCAAAGCUCGCAUCGCCAACUGGCCCACGCUGGUCCUAGCCGACCUCUUUGACAUCCUGCUGCCCAUGCUGAACAUCUACCAGGAGUUUGUACGCAACCACCAGUACAGCCUGCAGGUUCUGGCCAACUGCAAGCAGAACCGGGACUUUGACAAGCUGCUCAAACAGUACGAGGCCAACGCCGCCUGCGAAGGACGCAUGCUGGAGACCUUCCUCACCUAUCCCAUGUUCCAGAUCCCUCGCUACAUCAUCACUCUCCACGAGCUGCUGGCUCACACGCCUCACGAGCACGUGGAGCGAAAGAGUCUGGAGUUUGCCAAAUCCAAACUGGAGGAGCUGUCCAAGAUGAUGCACGACGAGGUGAGCGACACCGAGAACAUCCGCAAGAACCUGGCCAUCGAGAGGAUGAUCGUGGAGGGCUGCGACAUCCUGCUGGACACCAGCCAGACCUUCGUCAGACAAGGGUCUCUCAUCCAGCUGCCGUCCAGCAGCGAGCGAGGGAUGCUGAGUAAAGUUCGCCUGGGCUCGCUCUCGCUCAGGAAGGAAGGAGAGCGCCAGUGCUUCCUCUUCACCAAACACUUUCUCAUCUGCACCAGAACGUCUGGAGGGAAACUUCACCUUCUCAAGCAAGGAGGAGCGUUGUCCCUCAUGGAGUGUACGCUCGUUGAAGAACUGGACGCCAGCGAUGAAGACUACAACGCGGCAGGUCAAGGCUUCAGCCACCUGGAGUUUAAAAUCGUGGUGGAGCCUCCUGAUGGCCAGACCUUCUCCGUGGUGCUCCUGGCUCCUUCCCGUCAGGAGAAGGCGGCUUGGACCAGUGAUAUCAGUCAGUGCAUCGACAACAUCCGCUGUAACGGCCUGAUGACCAGCGUCUUUGAGGAGAACUCCAAAGUUUCGGUGCCUCACAUGAUCAAGUCGGACGCCCGCCUGCACAAGGACGACGUGGACAUCUGCUUCAGCAAAACGCUCAACUCGUGCAAGGUGCCGCAGAUCCGCUACGCCAGCGUGGAGCGUCUGCUGGAGCGCCUGACCGACCUGCGCUUCCUGUCCAUCGACUUCCUCAACACUUUCCUGCACACCUACAGGAUCUUCACCACCGCUGCCGUGGUCAUCGACAAGCUGGCCGACAUCUACAGGAAGCCCUUCACCUCCAUACCUGUCAGGAUUGAGCAGCACUCAUGUGACCGUCUGUCCAUCAUGUCCCUCUGUCCCGACUACAGUUUGAAGAUCACUCAGCUGGCUCUGGAUCAGUCCAAGUCUCUGGAGCUCUUCUUCGCCACCAACCAGGGCUCCUGGGGGAUGGACCCCCUCAACAACAAAUCCCCCAGACUGUGCCGCAAGUUCUCCUCGCCUCCCCCGCUCUCCAUCCCCUCCCGCACCUCCUCCCCCGUCCACUGCCGCAAACUAUCCCUCAGCUCCCCCAUCGGCUCCAAGGCUCUGGACCUGUCCGCCACCCCGUCCUCCUCCGCCGCCAGCUCCCCCACUUCCGCUUACGGCCCCGCCCUCUCCUUCUCCCCGCCGCCCACCGCCACCCGCCCACUCUCGGGGUUCUCCUCGCCGCCGCCCACCGCCACCCGCUCGCCCAGCCUGCCCCACACCUCAGGGAUGUCCUCUCCGCCCCCUGUCGCCACCAAGGCCCCCCUGGAUCUCAGUCGGGGUCCCAGCUCGCCUGAACUAAGCCCAGGGCCAGGCGAGGACGUCAGCGGCGAGCUGCCUCGCAUCGACGCCUUCUGUGGGAAACUGAGGCGCAGCAUCCGUAGAGUUGUCCUGGAGACCGUAUCUCUGGACAAGUUCAUCCCAGAAGCUCCAGCCAGCAGCGAGUCAGGAGACGUCUCGCCUUGUCGGUCGCCGUCCACGCCCAGACACAUGCGAUACAGACAAGCAGGAGCGUCUUCUUCUGGGGACAACUCCCGCUGCGCCAUGUCGCCUGCCUCGGCCUUCGCCAUCGCCACGGCCGCUGCAGGCCACGGCAGCGCUCAGGCUUUCAGCAGCUCUGAGAAAUCCUGCGACAAGGAGUUCAUCAUCCGCAGGGCGGCCACCAACAGGGUCCUCAACGUGCUGCGUCACUGGGUCUCCAAGCACUCGCAGGACUUUGACAGCAACAGUGAGCUGAAGGUGGGCGUGGUGAGCCUCCUGGAGGAGGUGCUGCGGGAUCCGGACCUGCUGCCCCAGGAGAGGAAAGCCACCACAAACAUCCUAAGUGCUCUUUCUCAAGAAGAACAAGACGACGCUCAGCUGAAGAUCGAAGACAUUUUGCAAAUGAAAAGUUGUCCUCUUCUUCACUUCAUCGCGACGGAGAAUCCAAAGGCGGAGUGUUUUGAGUCACUGUCCGCCAUGGAGCUGGCAGAGCAGAUCACCUUACUAGACCACAUUGUCUUCAGGAGUAUUCCUUAUGAGGAGUUCCUGGGCCAAGGCUGGAUGAAGGUGGAUAAGACAGAGAAGACUCCUUACAUCAUGAAAACCAGCCAGCACUUUAACAAUAUGAGCAACCUGGUGGCGUCCCAGAUCAUGACCCAGGCCGACGUGGGUUCUCGGGCCGGCGCCAUCGAGAAGUGGCUGGCGGUUGCCGACAUCUGUCGUUGCCUCAACAACUACAACGGCGUCCUGGAGAUCACCUCCGCCCUCAAUCGCAGCGCCAUCUACAGGCUCAAGAAGACGUGGGUCAAAGUCUGCAAACAGACGAGGGCGCUGAUGGAACGUCUGCAGAGGACCGUCUCGUCUGAGGGACGCUUCAAGAACCUCAGAGAGACGUUGAAGAACUGCAACCCCCCGUGCGUUCCCUACCUGGGCAUGUACCUGACUGACCUGGCCUUCAUCGAGGAGGGAACACCUAACUUCACGCAGGACGGCCUGGUCAACUUCUCCAAGAUGAGGAUGAUCUGUCACAUCAUCCGCGAGAUCCGUCAGUUCCAGCAAGCUCCUUACAGGAUCGAGCACCAGGCCAAGGUGACCCACUUCCUGCUGGACAAGACGCAGGUGAUGGACGAGGACACUCUCUACGAGCUCUCGCUCAAGAUAGAGCCGCGAGUGCCACCCGGCUAGCUCUCUUCCUGUGCGGGUCUACGGCGGUGCCUUUGCUAGACUGUUAGCCACCCGACAUGGAACCGGAACACGGCUCGGAUCAGGUUUGGAUCAAACCUAGCAACCAGGUAAUGUCCUCUACGCCUCUGGAAGGGAAAGAGGUACGGCGGUUCUGGUCGUCAGACCACUUGGAGAAACGUUGGUGGGUGAAUGGACAAAUCCAGUUGUGGUUACCGUGGUUACCAAGGUGACUUCAGAGAGCUCCGGUUCUGUGGUCCAACCUGAAUCAAGAGGAGCUCGAGUGUCAAACAUAAACAUCCCAGCCAUGAUGUCACUUCCUGUCCACGUGCACUCUGAAGCUGAACAGUGCACGUCAGUCACGUCGUCAAACAUUUGCUACUUUUCUACACCAAACUCACUGACAUUUUCUCUUUUUUUUUUAAGACGAUCUGCAUGAAAAAAUUUUUUUUUACAUGUAAUAAUCAUAUUGUUAUAAUUACUAUUAUUAUUAUUAUCAGAAGCUCCUGGCCAGUACUGUUCCAGCAUUGAAGUGUAUUAGCAUUAGCACACUGUUGUAAAGAAUGUUUACAUGCUAAUCCUCACUAGUUUAUUUUCAAUAUUUAUAUAUUAUAUAGCAUAUUAGAGCCUUUUA